AUGGAAGAACUCCUUCAAGACAUCUUUAGAGAAGCUACAGGACCGAAGCUUAUUUCUCUGAAGAAAUCAUGUCAGGAUGCGUUAGAAGUGCUAUGUAUGCAAGAAAGCAGCCGGCGGGCAUCGUACGAGCUGCGGCGCGCGUGCCUCCUGCCGCUGCAAAUCGCGCUCGAGAGCAAGCGCCCCCGCCUAGUCGCAUUCGCUCUCCAGGGGUUUCAUAAAAUAUUACGGGACGAUAGAUUCCACCGUGGUAUCGAACCAGAAGACGAUUCAUUAUGGAUGCCAUCGCAACUACUUUGUGCCACUACUUCGGUUAUGUACCAUCUGCCGGAUACACAGGUGCAAAUUUUCCGCAUGUAUCUAUCCAUGGCGUUGUCUCCGCGACGCACGCUGAACGGGCGGCUAUGCGUGUGGGCGUGCGGGCGCUGCGGGGAGGCGGCGGCGGCGGCGUCGCAUGUCGCGGCCGCUGCGAGGGCCGCCGCCGCGCAGAUGUUGAGGGCAUACUGUGCUCAACUGGAUGAAGAAUGUCAAGAGCUUUUGACUGAAGGAUCGCCAUUAGGAAGAAAUCAUAUAGUAGCGGUUGGAUGUUACAGCGAAGUGAUACCCGUCAUACAAUAUUUGUGUAGCAGACUUGCAGAAACACAAUUGAUACCAAAACAAAAUCCGUUAGCAUUAUUCUUUCUUGAUUGUCUCUUAACUUUGAUGUCAAGUCUCUCUGAACGAGUUAGUGGGAAUUCUCAUUUUACGACGUUCUUGUGGCAGAAAUUCUGUCCCUCACUAAUAUCCUUCUUGGGGACGCCGAGAGUUGAUAAAAAUAUCAAAUCCAGAGAACACGAUGGCCACCUGGUGGAUGACUCGGGAAGAGGCUCUGGUGCGUUAGUUUGCGCUCCAAGCUUUAAUAGUAAGCAAGCAAAGGCAAUUUACAGCAUAGCCAACCAGCUUGUGCGUCUUGUUGGUUCAACAUCAAAUCUACGGCCAGUUUUAGAAGCGUUAUAUCACAGGAUGCUGCUCUAUCCACCCAUACAACAUCGGGUAGAACCUUUACGUAGUGUUCGGGAAUUGCUUCACAAUCCGAAGAGAUUAUCUCAAUUAGUACUGAUCAAGAAAACAGAUCAUCCGGAACGACACAGCGAUGAUAUGGCCAUUAUAAGAUUAAUAAUGGAUGGCGUAGAAGAUUGUGGUAGAAGUGGUAAUCCUGAAGUCGUCGCAGCAGCUGUAGAAUGUGUCUUCUCGUUACUUGACGCAUUAGAAAAGCUUUGUUCUGGAUCCGUAGAAUAUUUACCGCUUGAUAUAGCUACGUUGAUUCUCAACCAUUGGCCAAAGUUGCAGGACGCUGAUUACACUGGACCCUUGACAUACCAGACAUUGGCAAGACUGCCAAGUCCAUAUAGAGAUGUCGUUGCAGUAUUACAAAGUAGCGAGUCAAAAGACCGCGACUCAUCUGAUACAUCAGGUCCUGAAAAUAUAAGUUCUGGAAGUGAAGCUGAAGCUGAUUCAGAUGCAGAUAAUGUGUUUCUACCCUCAAGGGCAAAUAAUCCCGUUUCACCAAAGAGCUCACCAGAAGAACCAUUCAAUGAUAGGACCAAAACUAUACCGAAAACAUUGAAUCUUGGAAGGUGUACUAUAACGGAAUGUAACGUCGAUCUUGAAAGACACAAUGCUAGACAGUUUGUUAAAACUCUACAGAACUCUCUUCUGCCAAAGUUGAUAAACCUCCGGACAUGCAUUGAGGUAGACGAAGCUAUGCAAGACUUCGCGUCCAAGUGCUGUCAGCACAACGCGUCGCAGCCGCCCGCCACGGCCUGCAUCAUGAACGCAGACGGCGUGUACCUCGCCACGUACGCCGCGCUACUGCUCACGCUGAAGCAACGCGCGCGGUACUACGGCGAGGUCAAUAAAACUCACGUGCCAUUAACAGAAGAUGAAUUUGUGGAUGAAGUUCAAAACAGCGGUGUGUUAGUGUAUUUGUCAGCGACGUGGCUCCGGGAAUUGUAUCAGCAAGUUCUAGCAAACGAUCUACUGAAAAACGUUUCUACGUCUGAGCAUCCACUUAUACAUUUGUUGUCAGAUUUAGGAGGACUAGAUCAGAAUCAUGUCAUGUCCGACUGGCAAAAGCUAAAAAAAGUAUCUAUGGUAUACAACAACAUGAACGACUCUCCACAAUAUCAAGCUAGCUUACGCUGGGCUAGAAGAAUUCUGACAUGUAUUUGGGAUUCAAUGGUCACAGUUCUCAGUGGACCGCUGACAGGAUACAGGAACAAAAAGCACAAAAUACGAGGAAUUAUAUCCAAAAAGAUUAAUACUUUUGGGAAACGUAAGCGAAUCGCUUGGGAAGGGCUUACUAUACAGUGCUUGGAAGGUCUUCAUAAGGCGGCAAGGAUAAGCACAACCCUUAGUCUCCAGAACCGUUGUAGCAGCAUAUUAGCGCUUCUAGCAAACUCAGCUAUAUCUCAACCCGCUAACGGAAAGAUUUUAUCAACUCAUGCAUUAUCAUUGGAUAUUCUUAUAUCAGGCGGUCUAGAGCUAGGAUCAAAGGCACCAGAAUGUUGGGAGCACAUAUUCGCGGCUUGUCAAUAUGUAUCGAGUUUUGAACACUCCCUAUUUGGACAACAAGGGAAUAAUGCAACUCCAAUAAUUACAAUGCAAACGGGACGGAAUAAAACCAUUUCCAUACUUCAAGCGGAUGCUAAAAUGAGUUUGGAUGGACGAGAUGAUGAAACUUGUGUUGACGUUUUCAACUUUCUGCAGCCUGUUCUAGAAAAUAAUCCAAAUAACGAUAUGACUGUGGCUAAAAUUGUGGAGACGUGCAGACAAGAGGGAGGUAACAUAAUAUCGGGCGCGGGGGCGGCGCGCGUGUGCUGCGCGCUGGCGGCCGCGGCCGACGCGCUGUUCACGCGCCUCGCCGCCACCACCACACUGCCCGCGCUGCGCGCCGCGCUGCAGCGCUUGGUCACACAUAAUCACACGCUGCUAUUUUCCUCAUGGGAGCAGGACAUCGCAAACAACAACGCCACCUGGUGGCGGCGGGGCAAGUCGGGCGCGGGCGCGGCGGGCGGCGAGGCGGCGCGCGCGCUGUGCCGCGCCGGCGACGUGGCGCUGCGCUGCCUGCGCGCCGCCCGCCCGCUCGCGCACCGCAUGGCCAUAUGGACUGUUGUUGGUCCGCAUUUUAUGCAGGCGGCGUGCCACAAAGAUAUUCAAAUAUCAAGUCUCGCUAUACAAUGUCUGCACGACUGCGCAACGGCAUUACUUAAUCAACAAGUAGAGCUUCCACAUUUCCAUUUCAAUGAAGCUCUUCUAAAGCCAUUUGAAAAUCUCUUAUGUUUAGAGUUAUGCGAUGAUGACAUUCAGGAACAAAUAAUUUCUUGUAUCUGUGAAUUUGUUGAAACAAACAGGAUGGAAAUUCGAUCAGGUUGGCGACCAUUAUUUAAUACAUUAAGAGCUGCUAAUAACUCAAAUCAAUAUUCCGCCAUUUUGGAAAUAUUUAAAGUAUUCCUUAACACGGAUAACACAUUAGUAUUCGCGAAUGCAGCACUUGAUUGUAUUCUAUGCCUUUUAAGUCAUAUCAAAGGUCUCCAUUAUGAAGAAGUCCAAACAACUGAAGUGAAGCCAAAAAAAGUAACAACACCAUCGCAGCCCAAACCAAGCUUAAGUCUGAAGUUUUCAAAAAAUAGCAAAUUUAUACCUCUAAGUGAAGAGAAAACAGAAAAGGUGAUAGUAGAUAUGUGUAGAGAAGCAUUGUAUCAUUUAGAAAGUUGUGCUGAUAUUUUGACAAUGAUGUAUAAUAUGCCGAAAUGCCCAAUAUUCAACACAGGUAAUAGAAUUAAAGGAGACCUGCCUUUAUCCGUGGUAGAUCCUAUAAUACCAAGUGGAUCAUUAGAUGUAACAAAAUAUAUUGUCAAUGAAAAUUGCGAUGAAGAAUUAAUUUCAUAUAGGAAACUAUCAACGACUUUACCGCUGUCAAAUACUACAAAUAAUUGCUUAUUAAAGCUCGACAAGCCCAGCAAUAUCCUCAAAGUCUGGUAUGUCCUUAUUGAAGGAUUAAUUUCAGCUACUGUUGUUUGCUCAAAGAAAAACCAACCAGCAGCUAUGGAAACUCUUUUCAAAUUAUUAAGAAAUAUAUCUGAGGUGCCUGGAACGCAUUUCGGACUACAUUGUAUAAAUCAUUUAUUGUUGCCAACUGUGCAAAAUUGGUUACGGCAAAUAUCAAAAAUAUCAAAUACACACUGGGAUAGUAUUAUACCAAACUUUAAACAAUAUUGUGGAAUGACUACAGACACUAUCGUGAUAUACUUGCACCAGUUGCAGCAAAUUAAUAUUGAGAGGACAACUACUGACGAAAAAGUUGACGGCGUAUUAUCUGAACCAAUAGAAAGCUUAGAAACAACAUUUGCAUUAAAGCAAAUAAUGUUAAUUUUGGUCGAAUGUAUUGCACAGCCGCAGGAGCCAAUAGCUCGAUUAGGAGCAUCUUGUAUACGACACAUUAUUUUAACUUCUGGGCAUUUAUUAACAGACAACCAGUGGGAAAUUAUUUGUACCAGUCUACACAGAGCAUGUAAUGUGAGUUUAAGUCCCCUUAAACAACUGACUUAUGCCUUUAAGGAAAAUUCAAAUAGUUUCUAUGGAGAUCUAGCUAUAGUAAAAGUAGCUGCACGACGUGAUUGUUCUGUGAAUGAUAACGUAAGAUUACAUGCCAUGGCUCAGCAAGUGUUUUUGACAGAUCAAUUACGAGGUGAUAAUUUAAAACAAAAUACCAAGAAUUCAGCUCAAAUUUUAAUAGAUGAUCGCAGCUACAUAUUCCUUAUUUAUCUAGAAGAAACAAUUAAUAGCCUAAAUACUGAUUUAUAUACUGUUAGAAUACCCAAUAGAGGAUUGGUCGUAGGUCUUCUGGCUCAUCAAAUAUUAGUCCAAAUCAUCGCGACUGUGCUAAUACAAGCCUCAUCAGAUGUUUUUCACGGUAUUAAUAGUAUACUGAUAGAAAGUCUUAAGAGUGGCACAAAUGUAUGUAAUUAUAAGUUUUUCUUAAAUAAAAAUAAUUCUGAUCUUUUACUCAAAAGUUUAGAAUUAUCGUACACAAGAGCGAUGCAGUUCGACUCAAGACCAGGACUAAAAUUCCUUGUUCAAAAAGUAUCCAAUUUAGAUCAUGCAGCUAAUCUCUACAAGCAGACCUCUUCGUCUUGGCUAAUAAAAAUCAUAGCAUUAACGGAAAUAUUUUUUAGUGGUGUAAUGAAAUUUAAAAUGAAAUCCAAUGACGUGUCAAUUAUAUUAAACAACUAUAAAACCACAUUAAAUAUGACUCUGGAAUAUGAUCAAUUUAUAGUGAAAAUAUUUGAUCUAAAAGCCACUUGGGAGUUGGUGUGCAGCAACUACGUCAAACAUCUAAUAAAUGUAAAUGAUUUCGAAGAUUGCGAAACGGUCAAGGGUCGUAUUUCAUGCAGUUCAGACGAAUCAGAUUCGUCUUCGAAUAAUUAUGACCGAUUCUACUCGCAAGAACCCACAAACGCGCCAGAUAUAGCUAUUACACGUACUAAUCAAAAUAUUAAUGUGUCCAUUGAACAGAAAUCUGAGAAACCAAAACCUUUUACAUUCGCCGACUUUAAAUCUAACACAAUAUCUGACGACUCAACAAAGGAAAACAUAUCAUCUGUUGACGAUUAUAAAGAGGACAAGCUCAAAAAUAUAUCCCGUGCUCUUGAAAAAUCCGAAGAUAAGAUUGAUAAUGGUAACAAUGAAUAUGAGACAACGAAAUAUAGCAGUCGUAAAUCAGCAGAUUAUCCCCAAACUGAUAUAAGUCCAGUAAAGUUAAAACGACGAUGCGCAUCGGAGAACAACGAUGGUAGUAGGAAAGUCAACAUCACAAUAUGCGACGAACCUACGUAUGAAAAGAAUAAAAAUAUUGAACCAAUAAUUCCACCACAGCCCGUUCCUCCGGAAAUAGAACAACAAAGAACACUCAGUAUUAAUAAGGAUAUGGAGGUGCAAAGGAACUGUUUGCAGAAUAUAUUGAUGGCAUAUCUAGAAUUGGUGUUAACAUUUCCUUUAGAACGGUUUCAGCUAGUGUACCCGGUAUUACAGACGGGGUUCAUACAACUCGCUAAAACGGUGACAGAUCCGCAGCUACUCGAUAGAAUCAAUAUAUUUUUCGAUAAAAAAGACUUAACCGAACUUAGAUAUAAG